CUGCAUUUCAGCAUUUGAGCAACCGAUUUUUUAUUUCGAAAUUUCGUUGAUUGAUUUCAAUUCUUUCGCUCAAACUGUUGAUUCGCAAUCUCUACAAUACGAGAUUAACAAUCAACAUGGUAGAGCAUGGCACUCGACUUUCAACGAAAUUCAUGAUGGAAGAUAUGAAUCAUGAAAUCAGCGAAGCCAGAGGUGAAACGAAUGAAGAAAAUGGGGAAGAAGAGAGUGAGAUGAACUUCUCUGGGUCAGAAGAGAUGAGGCUUGGCAUUUCGCGCAUUCAUGAGAAAGUCGAGGCAUUCAAUCAACUGGUGUCUGAGAUGCUGGAAUCUGGGAAAUCACUGUUUAACAAGCUAAACAUGGAAUUUGAAGAACGAGUUCUGAUGAUCCACAAGGAACAGAUAGAGAAAUGGCAGGAAGAAAUUAAGGAGCUGAGAUUGAUUGAUACAAACAACGAGGAAAUGAAUGAUCGUCUUAAUAAUGCUAAAUGCCUACUCCAAACUGUUAGUAUCAGUCAAUGAAGAUUCAGCUACGAACAGGUUUAAGACCUUUUACCAAUAGUGCUUUGGGUUGAAUGUCAUAUAUUUUCCUGACCACGACAUAAUCUGCUCACACAUGUUUGAAUAUCUUCCGUACAAUACUUAUAGUUGUAUGUACACCUGUAUAACAUGUUAUAACUUUGGGAAAAUUAAAUCAGAACAGAUGAUUUAACUAAUAUAUGUAAUCAUACACAAACAAGCAAAA